UCUUCUGUUUUUGAAGUCUGCUGUACACACUUUAUGACAGUAUCCACGUUUUUUAGGUUAGAUUAGUCAUGUGAUACAGUGUCCACAUGUCAAUAAUAUGGUAUCAACAAAUUAUUAAUGUUGCUAGACAUCCUGUUUAAAGUAAAUAUCCACGAUUACAAAUUGAAACAGAAAUGUUAGAAGUGAGUGAUAAUCAAAUAACAGCAACAGGUCGCGUUUUGAACGACAAAAAUCGGCCGUUGAAGGAAAGAUUCCGUGCAUUAUUUACUCUAAAAAAUGUGGGAGGUUCCAAAGCCAUCGAGCAAAUUCAUAACUGUUUUAAAGACGACUCUGCAUUACUAAAACACGAACUAGCAUAUUGUCUCGGCCAAAUGCAAGAUACAUUAGCGAUACCAAUCCUCACAGAAGUACUAAAAGAUGUAUCCCAAGAACCAAUGGUCCGCCACGAAGCAGGGGAAGCUUUGGGUGCAAUUGGAGAUGUUAGUGUAAUUCCAAUCUUGGAAGAGUACAGCAAGGACUGUGUACCAGAAGUGGCAGAAACUUGUCAGUUAGCAUUAAACCGAAUGCAAUGGUUAAAGUCAAAUGAUGUCUCAACGAAUUCUAAAAGGAGUCCUUACAUGUCGGUGGAUCCAGCCCCACCAACAGAUAUUUCUGAUGUUCAAAAAUUAAAGAAUAUUCUUUUAAAUGAAGACAUUUCUUUAUUUGAAAGAUACCAAGCUAUGUUCUCAUUAAGGAAUAUCUGUACACCUGAAAGCAUUCUUGCUCUCUGUGAAGGUUUAAAAGCUGACAGUGCUCUGUUCAGACAUGAGAUAGCCUUUGUUCUUGGACAAUUGCAGGAAGAAAUCACUGUACCAUAUUUGCAAGCUUCGCUAGAAGAUGAAAAUGAGAAUGAGAUGGUUCGACAUGAGUGUGCUGAGGCUCUAGGCUCCAUAGCGACUCCAGAUUGUUUUAGUAUUUUAAAUAAAUAUUUGAAUGACAGCAAAAGAGUUGUACGCGAGAGCUGCAUAAUUGCUUUAGACAUGUGCGAGUAUGAGAACAGUUCCGAAUUUCAAUAUGCAGAUACAUUGUGUAAAGUCUCUGCAUAAGAGCGUACUUAAAUGCGAAAAAUUUAUGUAAUAAAUCUAUUGCGAAAAGAGCAUAAUUUUACAUCCAUACAAUAUAGUAUUACUACACUACGUUUAUAUGUAAAUAUUAUGUGCAACAAAUAAAUGAUAUUUCAGACGA